UACUGUCUUGUCGUCGCCGACUCUCUUCUGGGUUACUGCCUGGUGCAUGCCCUCGCUCUCGCCCCCGAUCACGCUCCCUCCUCCUGGCGGACUGCCUCUCCGCCACCCAACCCGCCAUCACUGCGCUCACCCAGAACAUGCCCCCGGUCAACUCGCCUUCUGAUCCCCCCGCUCAAUCGUCGUCGUCGUCGUCUUCUGCCUCUUCUCUGCGACCGUUGACGGCGCUCUCCAUCCCCGUUCCUUCUCUCCCCGCGGCGGUGUCCGAUGACGCCCAUGAUGAUAACGUGAGCUUUCUACGAUCUCGUGUGCGCUCUCCACCCGACUCGUCUUCUUCGCUCAGUCGCCAGCGCCGUCGUCGACACCAGACGCUUUCCGAUCUCGACCGCGAACCUAUGGAUUUGGAGGACCCUUCCAGCUUGCGCAUCGAAAUUAACCGUCGCAUUCCUAUCGUGCGCCGUCAACGCGACGGAUUCCACCCCAACCCCAGUAACCUUCCCAACUACGAGGGCCGGAUGUCGAACCCACGCUCGGUUUACGGUUGGGCUCCUGCCUCUGAUGACGAUGAGGAGGAUGUGAGCUACGAGCCCCUGCACGACAGCAACACCAUCUCCUGGUUCGGCCGAUUUUCCGAUCGCUAUGCGGCCGCUCGCCGCCACGCGCGCCGGGAUGCCGCCGGCCGAAGCCCGGCCUUACCGGAUGAACCGUCCGAUAGUGGCUCCCAUCGCCAGAACGAACCUCCAGCAUCGACCACAGAGGCGUUUCUACAGUCAGUCCGACGCCAGCCGCGGAGCUCGCGGACGCGGACGCUCCACGACUAUCUCUUAGACAGGGAACGGACCCUCCAGGAUUCCGAUGAGAGUCGAGAACGACUCGGUCCCACAUCGGCGUCGCGGGCGUAUCGGUUCAUGCCCGGCGCCCGCGGCGAAACGCAUCGGUUUCUGACACACAGUGACCUACGGGCGCGGAUCAGCGCCCAUCGACAGCUACACAUGGAGAACCCCCCGAACCCGCGAUUGAAAGAGACGAUUCGGUAUCUCGACCGCCUGCGGUAUUCGACGUCGUUUGAGGAAAGCCUUACCUCGGCGGCUGCUGGGGGGUUUGUCAAUACCGAAUUUCUUGGCGGCAACGAAGAUGAUUUUAUACUCGACACCACGUCGAUAGCGCCGCCGCCUGAGUGCUCAUGGCUACGACCUGGCGUGGUCUUUUCGGGCUCGCAACGGGCCGCCAGCAGCGCCAACUCGAUCUUCGCACGGGUACCCAGUCCAUCGGGGUCCCAGGAUCCGAUGAUCGUCAACGGGAGCGAUAAUAGCCGCAUUAGUGUAUAUACAACGACAGGGCGACGAUACCUUGCCAACAACAUUUACAACCUGGGGAGUGGAAAGGAUGAGAACUGGCCCGUGAAGGUCACUAUACAUAGCAUCAAUCCAGACGACAUGACGCUGUCAGGGACCAUGGAGGCAUAUAAUAUUCCGGACAAGACCACCCCGGCUCAUGACGCGCAUAUCGUCACAUAUCUGGAGGGAGAAAUUAUCGAUUUCAACACGCACACACUGGAGACGAAGAACUUCAAGGCGGAUGCCGAGAUCGACAGUACAUAUUGGCGGGAGUUACAGCCGUUCAAGGACCUGACGGACGAGGAAAUGACGCGAAAUCUUGUGAGUCGGAAAUGGGUGACGGAGCAGUUAUCGCGGCGGUGGAUCUUGAUGCGAUGGAAGGAACGGUGUUUCAUCACACCGACUGAUUCGCGCCAAGGACUGACGAUCUCGGGGUUCUACUAUAUAUCGUUGAACCGGCAGAGUGGACAUAUUGAAGGGUUAUAUUACGAUCCGGGGAGCUCGCCCUACCAGCAGCUGUCAUUGAAGCCGGAGACGAGGAAAAUGGUGCGACCGUCAUAUGGGUUCCGCUAGGGUCAUGUACUAUUCUGGCUGGCGUUCGGGUUUGCAUAGCGGGUGUUCAUACCAGAUAUAGCAAAUUGCAGCUAUCAAUAGUUACCACUUACCG